AUGCGUCCCAUCCAAGAUGCCCGCUUUUAUACCACCACGCCGAAGUACUCCGGCAAGGUGCUCAAGAAGGGUUCAGAUGACUACGAGAAAUGUCGCCGCAUGAACCCGAGUGCCGACACUCCCAAUCGGUUCCCCGCCGAGAUCCAUCUCCCUAACACGCCGCAGGAUGUGUCUCAGGCAUUGAAAAGAGCACACGAGAUCAAUGGCUCUGUUGGAGUUCGGUCUUCCGGUCACAUCAUGAAUUUUCCUAGUGCCAUCGACGGCGGCAUCCUCAUUGAUACGGUCAAUCUUCAGCGAAGCAUCGAGUAUGAUCCCGUCUCCAAGGAGAUCUCUUUCGGACCCUCAUGUCGUGUGGAGGAGCUCGCAGCCAAGCUAAAGGAAGUCAACCGCUUCUUCCCCCACGGCCACGCCCCGACUGUUGGCUCGGCUGGCUUCAUGCUUGCCGGUGGCCAGGGAUGGUUUGUACGAGGUUGGGGCGCUACCAGCGUGAGCUGGAUCACCAAGAUCGAGAUGGUCGUGCCUAGCGGUGAGGUUGUCAUUGCCAGCCGCACCAAGAAUCAGGACCUAUUCUGGGCGGCUCGAGGUAGCGGCCUCGCCUUCUUCGCAGUCAUUACACGCUUCUGGGGCCGCACAAUUGAGCGGUCGACCAUGUGGGAGACUAUCCUGAAGUUCGACAUCAACAGCGAUAAUUAUACGGAACUGAUGACCUGGACAAUUGAGCGAGGCCGCGACACUCCCCGAUACGGCACCGAUCUCAAUAUAACCAUCGACUACCCCGAGAAAUACGAUCCGUCCUACACGACUGAUGACAUCCCCAAGAGUGGCAAGCUCUGCAUGACUCUGAACCUCCUCUGUUACUGCGACACACUGCGUGAGGCUAGAACACUGCUCAGUGCUUACGAGAAACACACACCGGCGACCCGCGACGCGCUCCUGGAUCUGCAACCCGUGCAAGAGAGAACCUUCGAGCAGGUCUUCGCCCGCAAACGAGGAUUCCUUGGCAACGGCGGACAGGAGAGAUGGCAGAUCAACAGCAUCAUGAACGACCCUAACGUCCCGCUAUCAAGGCUCGUGGAGGCGAUCAAGCCUUGCAUGCUUGAGCUCCCAACUCGUACCUCGUCAGUUUUCAUGUGCCAUUGCGACAUCGUCCCCAACGAGGAGGAAGCCUGUCUCAGUCUGCCUCAGGACUUGUACAUCUCCACCAUCACUGGGUGGUCCGACCCGGCUCUCGAGCCAGGUAUCUACAGGCCGAUGAUCGAGCGGUACAGAAGGGCCUUCCCCGUUGCUGUCGGACAGUACAUCACCGAGCUGGACGUGAACUCGGAAGACGCCAACUGCCGGGUCCUGAGCGACACCGCCCUGGCCAAGUUCUUGAAGAUCCGAGAGAAGUGGGACCCUAAGGGUCUGUUCCCCAACUACAAGAAAAUUGUACAAACUCACGAGAAGAUGGCGAGAUUGGAGAAACAGGGUGCUCGACUAUAA